AUGGAAGUUCUCAGGUACAGAUACUGUCGGAUGUUAGAGGAGGGCUCCUUCAGGGGCCGCACGGCUGACUUUGUCUUCAUGUUCCUCUUUGGGGGGCUUUUGAUGACUAUAUUCGGCAUGUUUGUGAACCUGGUGUUCCUGGGCCAGGCCUUCACCAUCAUGCUCGUGUACGUGUGGAGUCGGAGGAACCCAAAUGUCCGCAUGAAUUUCUUCGGCCUGCUGAAUUUCCAGGCGCCCUUCCUCCCCUGGGUUCUAAUGGGAUUCUCCCUCCUGCUGGGCAACUCCAUCAUCGUGGAUCUUUUAGGGAUCGCUGUUGGCCAUGUGUACUUCUUCCUGGAGGAUAUCUUCCCCAACCAGCCAGGAGGCGGCCGGUGGCUGAGGACUCCAUCUAUCAUAAAAAUGCUGUUCGACACCCCAGAAGAAGAUGCCAACUACAACCCUCUGCCGGAGGAGCGGCCCGGGGGCUUUGCCUGGGGAGAAGGACAGCGUCUGGGAGCGAGUCGGGAAAAGAUGCAGCUGGCUCUCAGUAAAACCUUCGGCCAGAAGCCGGUUAAAUUCCAGCUGGAACAGGAUGGGGACUUCUACAUGGUGGGGUCGGAGGUGGGAAACUACCUGCGGAUGUUCAGAGGCUCUCUCUAUAAGAGGUAUCCGUCUCUGUGGAGGAGGCUGGCCUCUGUGGAGGAGAGGAAGAAAAUCGUAGCAUCAUCACAUGCCACCAGCGUCACCCUGUUAAAGGCCUCAGAGUGUGAGGAGAUCUUUGAGGGGAAUGAUGAGAAGUACAAGGCCGUGUCCAUCAGCACGGAGCCCCCAGCCUUCCUCAGGGAGCAGAAAACGAAGAAGAGCAGCCAGUGGGUUCCCACCCUGCCCAGCAGCUCGCACCACCUGGACGCCGUGCCCUCGUCCACCUCCAUCAACCGCAACCGCAUAUGUCGGGACAAGAAGAGGACCUUCCCCCUGUGCUUUGACGACCACGACCCCGCCGUCAUCCACGAGAACGCGGCCCAGGUGGAGGUGCUGGUGCCCAUCCGGCUGGACAUGGAGAUCGACGGGCAGAAGCUGCGCGACACCUUCACCUGGAACAUGAACGAGAAACUGAUGACCCCGGAGAUGUUUGCAGAAAUACUGUGUGACGACCUGGACCUGAACCCACUGGCCUUUGUCCCGGCCAUCGCCUCAGCCAUCCGCCAGCAGAUCGAGUCCUACCCCACCGACAGCCUACUGGAGGGGCAAGCAGACCAAAGAGUCAUUAUCAAGCUGAACAUCCACGUGGGGAACAUCUCUCUGGUGGACCAGUUUGAGUGGGACAUGUCGGAGAGGGACAACUCCCCGGAGUCCUUCGCCCUGAAGCUGUGCUCGGAGCUGGGUCUGGGCGGGGAGUUCGUCACCACCGUGGCCUACAGCAUCCGGGGGCAGCUGAGCUGGCACCAGAGGACCUACGCCUUCAGUGAGAACCCGCUGCCGACGGUGGAGAUCGCCAUCCGGAACACGGUGGACGCGGACCAGUGGUGCCCCCUGCUGGAGACACUCACCGACGCCGAGAUGGAGAAGAAGAUCCGAGACCAGGACAGGAACACCAGGUUCAUGAUCGAAUGA